ACCUCCCAGCUUCUACCCCCUCCCCAUUCUCCUUUUUAAAGUCACGAGACCCACUGUCCCGUGUUCUUUCAAUAGCAAGGACAUAUAUAUAUAGAGAGAGAGAAAUGCAUUUUUGUCUUCAGAGGGGAUGACAGAGGAACUGAUAGAGAACUUUCAAGCUCCUUUCUCCACCAUCACUCAACUAGCCUCUAAAUUGCAGUCUCAAACUGAAGUCUUAUAAAUUUCCAAGCUUUAGUUAUCUCCCAUCUCUACAGAUUUCUCACCUCAUAUCUUCUGUCUCUCUCUGUCGGUGCCAUGAGACCUGAGGGAAACCCUUUAGACCUCAACUACUUGCCUGAUGAUUACAGUAGAGAUGGCAAACAUGUUAUUGAAGACAGCUCUUCAUCUGAUGGGCAUAGGAAAAAGAAAAGCGGCGGGAAGGAUGAGAAAGAUGAGAAUGGGAAGGUCUAUGAGUGUAGGUUUUGCUCUCUCAAGUUUUGUAAGUCUCAAGCCCUUGGAGGACACAUGAAUCGCCACCGCCAAGAGAGGGAGACAGAAACACUGAACCGGGCUCGUCAGCUGGUCUUCAGUAACGAUAGUCUGGCUGCCCAAGCUGCUCAUCACCUAGGAGGCCAAUCAGUCCCACACGGAGGCUAUCAUCAAACAGGCAAUAUGGGUGAUCCAUCUCUACCUUUUUACUCAACAAGACUGUUUCCUGGUUCUUCAUCUACCUUCUUACAACCAUCACCACCGCCACCGCAUCAGUCAUACAUAUACACAUCUCCUUCACGCCCCGUCUCCUCUUAUCCGGUGAACGAUUGCUUCGUAGGCCAUGUCCUCUCCGGCGGCAGCAACACGCAAUAUGGUCACCCCAACCCAAACUACGCCGCCGCUGCACCACCACCACCAGAUACCAAUUACACUUGCAUUGGUGCUCCAGUGGGACAUAGUGUUGGUGGUGGUGGAAGUAUAGACAUGUCACUGCACAAUCAGGACGAGGGAUUAAAUUGGAGUAGGAGCUACACGGGGCUGACACAGCAAAAUUUGGAUCCAUCGUCGAUCAACCGGUUUCAAGAUGGGUUUUAGUGGUAUUUUUGAGUGGGAGUGUAAGUUUGGAUCAGCUUUGACAAGCCACUCUCACACUGAGAGAGAGUCAUAACCCAAGAAGCUGACAAAAUGGGGUCAUGCAAGAAAUUAGACAGGUUUUGGUUUUUCUACAGGUCACUUUAGGGACAGCUUUUUAGCUGAGAGCCUGAGGUACAACAAGAAGCAUAGUUUGGCUUGGAGGUGGGGAUUGGGAUUGGGAUUGGGAUUGGAUUGGAUUUGUGUGAAAAGGAAACUAGAAAUGAGGGUUUGCUGGUGCAGGUGGGACAAGAAGUUAGAUAUGAACUGAAAGUUUUUUGCAUUUGGUUCUAGUUUUGCAUGGGAACCUUUUGCCUUUAUUUUCAUUUUGGUUCC